AUAAAUACUGUGUUGAAAAGAUACAAAUUUAUUUCAUUCAACCCCCUUUGUAACCCUUCAGGUUAUCAAUGUAGCACUAGUUGGAAAAUUACCAAAUUGACUUAUAUUCACCGUUGAGGGCUUUGUUUUGGUCAAGUAUAAUGCGCACCACUUGUCUGUUCCGGUCACAUAGGGCUGUAAAUUGUUCGCGUUUGUGAACAGUUUUGUCGGUUAAGUUAGGUGUAGAAUUUAUCCUCCAUGGCUAACCGCAAACAAUCCAAAAGCACCAGCCACUCCCACUGUGGAGGACAAGCCGAAGGAGCAUUGCUUUUCUACAGAGCACAGUUCGGUGUCUUGUGGAAUUCUUAGAGGGGCGCAGAGAAUCCGGUUAUUCGUCACCACAGUCGCAAGGGAAUUUCCAAUAUAGAAGCAUAGCUCUCUUCUUUGGUGAACAGACACUGCAGGAACAGCCAAGGAUGCAAAAUGCCUACCUUUUCUACGGCUGUAAUAUUUCAACCUACAUUCUACUUUCUCAUACGAUGCUGCUGUCGUUCGCUAGUGCAGGACGCCGAGCGCUGUACGGCAGCCUGUGUACAAAGCAUGACAAAAAAAUAUUGCCACUAGUAUAGCCAUCAGACGGGAGCGGUACAGUUUCUCUUCCCUUAUUUUACCUUUUUUAAUAUUUUCAAUCUAUUUAGUAUUUUUAAUCACAAACGACGACGAUGAAUGCGGUUCAUUCAUGCCACGACCGGCAUCAAUGCUUUCGUGUGCAGACCUCUCCCUUUGACUAUACAGAGAAAAGUGUACAAAGCGAGAGGGCAAACUUUACUACGCCACACUCUCACCGAGUCGUCGGAGUACAGCAGCAAAACAAAAAUGUAUUUUACUGCUGUAUGCUGAUGCGUCGCUGUAGCGGGCUGUACGGCUUGUGCAAAUGUAAAUAUACCGGAAAAAUGUAGUUUACCGGUACCGCUCGCAUCCCUGGGAACAGCCAGCGUAAACACCGAAAGAACGCGUUUGAAAUUCAGUAUUAUAAAAGUAAAAUUUUUCCCUCUUCUCACUAGACCCGGAGAUCGACUCCAACGUCUCCGGGUCAAACUCAGAGGGUUCAUUUUCAAUAUUCAGUCAUGCAACUGAAAACGUCAAACGAGCAAACUGCACAUUCAUUCAAUGUAGGUUUUCAUUCUUCCUUGAUUAUUGAAUACUUUACGAUGACGUCACAAAUGAACUGAGUGUUCAUUUUUAACAGUUCGCUUGUACUGUUUACAUGAACUUAGAAAAAUUCUCUACGAUUUGCUUCGAGCGGCUCUAGUCGUCCACAAAUUUUUCUAAGUCCAUGUAAACAGUACAAGCGAACUGUCCAGAAAUGUGAGGUUAACUGUGUGAGUAAAGAACUUAAUUGCACGAAACACAAGUGCAGCAACGAUUCAAACGCAUCAAAGUUGGCCUUCGCACGAUGUAUGUGAUGAUAAUUAUUAUUUUAUAUGCUUUACCAACAUUUGAAAAUAUUUAUUUAGAUAAUUAGUGAAAUUAAUAUUACAUACUUUACGAUAUUCAACUGAAUAACAUGAAUUUUUGAAUGAUUAUUUUUCUAUUCACCACGAGUUGCAUCAGGUUCAUUCUCAUCCUACAACAAAGAGCUUCGAUUAUUUUUACUCUGAUUGUUACCACGCAAAACGGAUAUUAACCGUUGUGUGUCCGACGCGGUACCCGGGUACCUUUUUAAGUUUCAAUUAAUUAAAUUCCUAUGUUUUAUGUUUUAUCCAUAGGAAAUUGAAACUUUGUGACAUCUUAGAACUUCACUAAGUCAAGCUUUUGGGUUAAUAAUAUUGUUGAUAUAGUGAGGGUGAGAGUGAGGAGGGGCUCCUGAAUUUUUUUACUACGUAACAGGCCGACGUGGGUACCCGGGUACCCACAAAACUAAAAUGCCCAUAACUAAAGUAAUAUCCAACCGAUUUCGAUACUUUUGGCCGUUUUGGAUUCAGGAACUCAUCCACUUUUGGACUUGGCAAAAAUGAAUCGGGUUACUUCAUUCGGUUCCCAGGAAUCCGGGUUUCCGGAAGCAGGUUCCAAUGCUAGGGUACUAUUUGCGAACUUCAAUGGAAUAUUAGCAAUAUGGGUAUCAAAAUUCUUGGAAUUGCAUCAGUAGCCUGUAUAUCGUGGUUUUGGAACCAUUUGGUUAUUUGACCCCGGAACGGACAUUCCGGAGCAGGUUCCCGUGGGGCCGUGAGUGGCCAUUCCAUUCCAAUUCCAUUUUUCAAAUUGCCAUAGGGUCCCGUAACAAUAAAAAACAGACUUCCGAGACAAUUUGAAGAGUUUUGAUACCCAUAUUGCUAGGACAUUAUUAAAAUUUACAUAUCAUAUCCUAGUACUGGAACAUUACACCGAAAAAUCCGGAUUACUAAAAACCAGAUCCAUUAUUCCGGUUCUAUUGCACAGAAUCAAAAAGUGGACAAGUUUCUGAAUCCAAAACAUCUAAAAGUGUCCAAAUCGGUUAAAGGAAGCCAUAGUUCUGAUCAUUUCAAUUUGUGGGUACCCGGGUACCCUCGUUGGUCUGUUAAAGGUGUUUUUUUUGUUGGACACAUAACUGUUAAGAAACAAAGCAUGUCAAUGACGUCAGUUGCAUUGAAAUAAGCCGAAGGAAUGCCUUGUCGAGACCUCAAGUAGUCUUUUUUAUUUUUCAAUACCAUUCUUUCAUAAAGUGGCGCUGUUGGAAAUCAAUUUAUUCAACUUGUAUUAGGCAGAUUCUAGGAGCACUAAGUUGUAAGAUCCAUGUAUUUCACACUCAAUACGGUGAUCAGUAACCACUCCGGUCGAACCUGUAAAUUUUCGUUUUAUCAAAGGAUUUUGUGUGAAACAUUUCAUACUAAAUCGAACGGAGCUGUUGGGAAGCCCAUGAAGCCUAAACCCAAAGAGCCUACCAAGUUAGUUCAAUAAGUAACCAGCUAUCAGAUUUAUUUGUCAUCCAAUUCUUAGUUAUCAACGUUUUAAUAGUUGUCGAAUUAUAAUAAAUGUACAGUUUCAUAUCCUUGGUAGAUAAUAGUCCUGCUUCCGUCCUAGGUUCGCUUGAUGUACAAAUUAUUUAUAUGUAGUUCCAUAACACACCAUAGCUCAUUAACACAGUAGUUUGAAACAGUGGACCCUUCCUUUAUCACGCUAUAGCUUGCAUUUGCGAAAAUCCUUCGAAUGAAAGGCUAAACAUUUUCGCAUGUAUAUCAACUUAACCAGCCAUCGCCGUAUGUAGUAGAUCGUGUCCCGGCCUUUAAAAUGUUUCCUAAUUAAAAACCUAUCGAGUUUCGCUACUUAUGAACGAUACCUAUUCGCAUCUAUUCUGCAUCACGAUGGACCUCUUCGAACGAAACGAACAUCCCAUCCGCCAUAUUGCAGAACUACAAUACUUUCAAGUAUCUAGCUAAACCUUCCAAUUUGUCAACCGUGCUCUUCUAAGCAAUAGUAAGAAUAAGUUGGUCAAAACAUCUGAAAACCGCUAACAACUCUUUACAGUCUAAAUAAUCCAUCAUUAGAGCAGUACAUAACUGUAGUCAACCGCAUGCGCCCAUAAAACAAGUCGCAGGUCUCGAAAAGCAAUCCAACGAUGGUGUUUGGACAGGGUCACAACCGUCGCGACGCUAACCAAACCACGCUGCAUCUAUCAUUAGAGUCGUUGUUUUCUUCGUUGCAAUCUUCCGUUUGAAGCAUUUCUUUUGUGCACAUUCUCUCACCUCCUAAUUCGCUGCUAGUUUUAUUUUUUCCCACUCACACACACACUCUCUUACUUUUAAACCGAGCAUUAGAAUAAAAACACUACUGCCCGCUAGCCGACCAAUCCGAUCCACAACUACAAUCUUUUCUCUAUUGUUUCUCCCCUCUCUUUCUUCUCUCAAACAGGCCCGAAGAACCAAAACGUUCCGCCUGGCAAAGCCUACUUUGAUGUCACCGCUAGAAGUUCCCAGCGAAACGCCAACGGCAACGACGCUCGCCAGCACAAAGAUGAAACCGCCGGGUCCCUGUUACGCUAGCAAGCACAACAACAUCAGCAAAAACAGUACCACCCUUCCGGUCGUUCCAUCGCUAACACCCGUAAAACCGACCCCACUCCGUAAGUCGAAUCCCCGGUCCUCCGGUGCAGCGCUAAUCAUAACCACAUCUUCGCAAAGCGCUAGCGCUCGGCAGCAUUCACCACCGCUCUCAUCAGCGUCCUCAUCCUCCUCCUCCUCAUCUUCCACGUCAGCUUCAUCGGCCGAAUCGUCUCCGUCGUCGGUGACCACCGUCACCACUAUCGAGUCGCAUUCCUCGGCUUCCGGUCCGACACCGCGCGGUUUGAUCGGGGAGUAUCUGGCGGCCAAGAGUCGCAGCCAGCAGAUUCCACCGCCUAUCUUCAGUCCGACGGUUACUUCGAGCACGACGAUCGGUAAUGUCGAGCAGCAGCAGCAACAGGCAAUGGCCUACAAGCAUCCGAUUUUGCUGAUGGAUGAGGAUGAGAACGGAUACGGUAGUGUGCUGUCUAGCGUUGGGAAUGAGCGCAAUCGUGAGGUGGAGGUGAAACUUGUCGAAGAUAACUCAAUUGAACUGCUCGAUGCGACUAAGGAUGAAGAGUUGAAUGAGGGUGAGAAGGAAUCGUUGAUUGUGCCGAAGCCGAAGAUGAAUGCGUUUCAUUCGUCACCACCGAAAGAUGAAAGCCCUACUAAAGGUGGAACGGAGAAUGGUGAUGGCAGGUGUAGAUUAGUAGGAAAGGUUAAUCCUAAUAUUUUAAAGACUUGGGAACAGCUAAGAGGCGGUGGAAUCGGGGGGAAUGAUUUCUGCGAGCACAAGAGAAAGAACUCUCGAAACAGUUUGAUAACGGUGACGUCCUCGGAGAACAGUGGCGAUAAGCAGAGCUGUCUGAUUUUCUAUCGAAAUCAGUACAAUGUGACGGAAAAGCCGAGUGAUUUCACGGUAACCCGAAUUCAGCAUAGCGACCGUUCGGUCAGUUCGACUACGAUUGUUGACGAAAGUACGGCCGAUCCGAAGACAGUUUCUUCUACCCUUUCGAUGGUAACGUCGUCGACGACUACGGAGACGAGUUCGGAGGGUUGCUACGAUUUCUACGACAGCAUAGACGCUGGCAGUAGCAGCGGUCAGCGUGGUGGCGUGAUGAUGAUGGAUGAAAUCGAAGAGGAUGGAGAUGAGUACGCUAUGAUGGCGGCCGGAGAGGGUUUGGCCGACUUUACCUCGCUGGAUCGAACCAAGCUGAUGUGGUCGAUCGACGUGGAAUGAUGGGUUGAGGUGUUAGGGUACUAUCCGGGAAGUAACCUGAAAGCAAUCAGUAUUUUUGACAGUAUGUCGGUGCGGGGAGGAAGGGAUUUUUUUUUAUUAUAGCCUUUCCCACAUAGAUUGUUAGACGUGCAAGGACUGUAAUUUUUAUUUGUUAAACCUUGCGAUUAGAUGUUUCGUUCUGUCAUGUUUUCACGUACUAAACGUAAAUUGUUUCUGUAUCCAGAUCUGGAAUUCUAGUCAACGUAAUUUUGUUCUGGUAAAUAUCCGGCGGACGUUAGAUUUUCUUAGCACCCUUUGUAUCCCUAUGCUUGAAAACACUUUUUUGCCUAAGAAAUGGUAAUACACGGUGACGGACGUUGAAUCUGUUAUUAGUAGUUAUCAACGCACAAGCUUUCACCAUCAAAAUUUGAAGGGCCCAAAGACACCUCAAAAUUGAAAAAUUAUUAAUUUACACAAGAUCUUUUUUGUGCGAUUUCAUCGGAGUAUUCUGAUCUAUGGUUUGAACUAUUUUUUUGCUCAAAUUUGCUUCAGAGAAACAGUGUCACUCUACUAUUAAAAACUACUGUAGUAAUGUAGCUCAGUUGAACCAGUUGGAAAUUUCUCAGUAUUCAAUUAAUAAUCAAUUCAAUUGUAUUGAUUUGUAUAACAAAGAUGAAUGGAAUAUGGAGUGCUUAAUGGUUGUGACAAUUAAUAAGACUACAAAAGCAGCCGUUUCCCUUCCGGAAGAACGCUGUAACGAAUCGUGUAAUAUUAUCUUGGUUGUCAUCAUCCCUAUAGAAGAGAAUAUUGCACGAUAAAGCAGAAUGUCGUAUAUGAUAAAGCUGUAUAAAAGUGAUUCCCGUAAGCCUGAACCAAAUUUUUCUCUUCAAUAAAUGCUACGUUAAAAAAAGACGGCCUCAAAUCUCUCAGUGCCGUUAUUCGAGUUCAGGCUCCAAGUUCCAUAUCAAUAUUACAGAAUUGACCGCAUCAGAACAGUAUAGCGAUAUAUUGCUGGUAAUCAAUAGAUAAUCAAUAUUAUAUUAUUCAUCAAGUAGACGAUAAUUAAAACAAAAGGCUUUCUUUCGUGAGACUAAAAUCACCGAGCACUUCUUGUAUACAUAUACGGUGCAUGCUGCACCAAUCAACGAUGGUUUGUGAGAAAUCUGCAAUAUUCAAUUAAGCGGAUAAGCCGAAACGUCUUGAGAUCGUCUACGAAGGAAAGGCGUGGAGCAUUUAGCACUAGAUGCACGUCUUUGAUGUAAAGCGGAAACAUCAGCAGUCUCAAGUGGCUUCCCUGGGGUACUCCUGAUGUAGGAGUAAAUGGUGGUGCAUGGCUCUUCAAUGACAAACAAUAUCUCUCGAUCUUUGAGGUAGGAUGAAAACAACUGCAAAAAUGCUGUUGAUUCACAAUCUCUCUAUUUUAAGGAUUAUUAUAUCGAGGUUCACUUUAUCAAAAGUAGCAGAUAGGUUUGAACGCAACGUUCCACUCUCGCGGUUAACGGCUCGUUCGGAAUUUCCUCAUAAAGUGAAUUUUGACAGUUGACUUUUGAGCUCUAAUCGUAUACGUUUGUCGAGUGUUGCUCUGGUUAUCAUGACAAUGAUGUUGACUGUACAGAGAUGCAUCUAUAUUUGUGUCUGGCUCACCCAAAUCUCAAGAAAGAAGUUUCACAAAUCAAGCUUAUAUUUAAUGUAAGGGAGAAAAAGCAGGGUCGCCUAGAUCACUGCUGGAUCUGGCGGUCAUCGUGCGGCUUGAGGUGCCGCGAGCCGUCCGUCUCCUGUGUCGUUCCGGCGACUCGGAUGCCCCGUGGGUUCUUCGUUCACUCGUUAUCAUAGACUGCAGCUCCUGGUUCUUUGUGGUCUUCUCGAUACCGACAUUAGCGAUGGUGGUACCAAAAGCAAACGCAAAUUCAGCCGACGGCGACCAGCAACCGAGUGAAACAAUAGACCCAGCUUUGUCGUGCAUCACUCCACUUCUUUUGUUCCUCUUCAUCAACAACAGGUCACGAGAAACAGCACCCUUUUGAUAGCCAUUCAAAGGCACUCUUCUAUUAGAAAUUAUUGCCGAUUUUAACUCAAAUCUCCUCAAGCGUGUAACUACUCAAUCGGCCCACAAUGUGUCGCACUGGACAGAGGUUUUCUCCGAAGGCCAGGCCUCUACUUCGUCGUACCGAUCCGCGGUCAGUUUGGCCCGGGUUACACGAGCCUGAGAUCCCUUUACCGCAAAAGUAACACCGCUAUUUCUUUCCUCAAAAUUCGACCGGAUUCAGGAACAAUCUCUCACCUGGUCCACGUGCUUUUCGGCUUCCUAAAGCGGGGAGAAACACCACUACUAUCGACCGUACUCGGUCAACUCUUUUCUCUGACUACUACUUUUUUCCUGUCACCCGUUCUUCCGGGGAUUCGUUUACAAGCAAAUUGUUACUUUCAAGCGAGCCGUUAAAUGCGCCCCUCUUGCAGUGCACGCUAUUGUCUUAUUACUCCCAUCGAACAUUUCAAUUACACAUAAUACUGUAACAAUGCCAUCAAUACCAGCAGACUGUCAUAAACCAAUCAUUCUAUCGAUAUUCCCGAUCAAGAAUGAUUAUUUCGCUGCCAUGUCGAAAACGAAUGUUAUGUGUUUAUGGGCUGUAGUAUCUUGGAUCAUCAUAUGUUUACUACUGUCCAGGCCUGUUGGAGAAAUCUGCAAUAAUUAAUUAAGCGGAUGAGAAGAAAUAUUCUUAGAUUGUCUGCGAAGGACCGGGAAGAAAUCUCCAGCACUAAAUACACGCCAUUGAAAUAAAUCAGCAACAGCAUCGGUCCCAAAAAGCUUCCCUGGACUAUUUUCGACAUAGAAGUAGAUGUGGCCUUGUAAUCUCCAUUGUCAACCAUUAUCUCUCGAUGUGUGAACUAGGAUCGAAGCAGCUGCAAAAACUACCAUUGAUUAUUAAUUUCUCCAUUUUUUCGAUUGUUGUGUCGUAGUUCACUCUAUCGAAAGUGUCAAAUAAGUCCACAAUAUUAUAGCUUUUAUCGAAUAUAAAAUGAAAGUUGGAUGUGCUCAAAUGUAGUCCCAAAAUUGCCUCAUAUCAUUAAUGGUUCUUAGAAGGAGGUAAAAAGUGGUGCACUCGCUUCAAUGACGUUGGCCGUCGUCAUCAUACAAUCCCGGGGAAUUGCUUGAGGGUUUCCUUUCCGUUGUGCCCUGCGACGUUGAUUUGUCUUUUUUCCCUCCUAGUCAAUCCGGUGGUACUCAUGCGAUUGGCAAGGUGCAUUUAAUUGAUUCGGCCAUAUUGUGUAGGAAAGCGCCGACCUUUUCCUUUCGUUUGCCUCGACCUUUGCUCGAGAGGAUCACUGCAAACCAGCACCGCAAAACCCGAGGAUCGAUUCGCGCGAUUCAUGCUCAAAAAGCAUUAAAAAUCCUGACCAAACUUUCUCCCGAGGAAAUCUCCAGCACCCGUCUUUUCAUUCCUUUUCUCUUCUUGUGGUGGCAGUUGUGUGCGAAUGUAACUCGUCCGGGCCAAAUCACGAGUUUUUCACUCCGCAGAAGGCUAUUAUUGACGGAUUUCUAUGUCAGCUUUUCACCAUCAUAUCACCAAUCUUUCACCUCAAAAGGAAGCUGUCUCUGCCACGCGCAGCGCUUUUCUUCUUGCUCAGGAGAAAAACGUGCUUUUCCGCUGGGGGAAAUUUUCCCCCGAUUCCUUCACGCCACACGCCGUUAGCACUUGUUUGACCAGGAAUUCCGAUCCAGGCCUUCCUACUGCACAUCUAAACGACCGAACCGGAUCGAAAGAAAACAGUCGAACGACACAAAAGCCUGAAACUUUUCACUCAAACGCGCGGAACGAUCGACGCAUCUUUUCUGAUCCUGCUUCCCUUCUGACUUUUUUUUACGUUUUUCCUUUUUACCUUUUGACGCUUUUACCUACGUUCGGUUUUUGUUGCCAGAAAAAUUUUUGCUUGUCAAGCUAAUGUUUUUAUUCACACACCUUCUGUCCGGUAUGCCGUGCACGCUUAUCACAUUUACCUCAAAGAAUCAUAAUUUAAUUUUAUAAUUUAAUUCAAUAUGCACAUUAUGUUAACUAUUAUGUGCAAACAUAAAACGAAUUCGUCGUCAGUGUCGCCACACUGUUAAAAAUACGAUGUAACAGCACUCUGACGGCUGUAGUAGGUUUUCCUGAAAGUUAAUCGUAGGAAGGGGUUAUUACGUAGAGCUCGAGAAUACGGACUUGAAGAUUCAGGCGUCCGAGGAUUGUAGAGCAAUUCACUCUGGGAGACAGUAAGUCGGAGAUGAACAGGUCUCGAGAGCAGUUCCUUCGGAUGCCUAGAGUAUCGAGCUGUACUAACUGAUAACAGUUUUUGUAGCUCGGCUACUGAAAUAUGUUUCGCCAAGGAUAAUGUCGAAGUGCAAAGCGUUUGAACCGGCGUUGGACAGUCUCGAUUCUGUCAAUCCCAUUCUGGUAGUACGAAUUCCAAAUACAACACCCGUCCCGUAUUCCUUGAAAAAUCUUCAUGUCGUCGGCGAAAGAUAGGCGGGGCCCUUAUAAUUUGAUAUUACGUCAUUAAAGUAGAGGAUGAAUAUUACUGGGCGGAGAUGGCUUCCUUGCGGGAUGCCGGAUGUAGUAAGGAAUGGGUGCAAAUAGAUAGUCCUUAAGGGCUGAUUUGGAGUUGCCUUCAAUCGAGUUAGUAGCGAAAUCAACGCAGAAGUUGUCCAUGAGAUACGCUGUACGCUGCUUUCCAUCAGGAAGGAAAUGUUCCUGUAGUGAGUGACAGAACGAGGACUCGCCGAAGUGGUUCAAAAAGCCCGCUGAGGCAUUUUUUGACAAACAUCGAAGGGGAAGGCCUUCUGGGCCCGGGGAAUUAGAUGCUUUUAGCUUGGAAUUUGCUGCAAGAAUGGGAGCAUUAUGGAAGGCGCUCGAAAAUUUGUCGGAGAACAGUUGGUGAAUUUCCUUAGUUUAGGUGCCUUAAAUUCCAUUGAAUGACAUACAAGAUGGUAAACCGGAUUCUUUUCAUUGCUCGUCUACAUACUUCCAGAACGACUUGGGCUUAGCUUUCAGUUCAGUAAGUAGUGUUAUCGUAAUGCAAGUGUCUUAUGUUGCGAAAUUUUUUGGAACGCUUGGCAGUUUUUAAUCGUCAAGGACGGUUGAUUGCCAGGGAGGGUGUUGAUUGGUACUAAUUGUUCGGCACAUGGCGGUCGAUUAGAUAGUUACGAAUAUUAGAAAACGUCAUCGCUGCUUCGUUCACGUCGUCAUUGUUAAGAUUUUCGUCCGAGUUUAUAUACAACAGCGUGUGCUAACGAUGCUGUCGUUGUCAGCGUUUUUAAAAAUCGUAGACGAUAGAGCUUGGGACGCCUUUAAAGUUCACUCCAAGGUUACCAGCGAGUACAAUAUGUAGUGGGGCAUGAUGACGUACAUGCUGGACUAAAGGAGUCGGAACAGUGCAGCAGCAAGGAUCGUAAUCCCGGGUACUUGCAAACCAGAGAUCCAAUGUACGUUCAUUCUCGUUGUUGACAUUAAUGAUUUACCGAAGAGUUAAUAAAUUUACUAACUUUUAUAUUCUCCACUUUCUCUCGCUGCUCGGCGAUCGGCUACUGUUGGCAGGAAGGCGACGGUUUCGUCCGACCGGCCGGGACUCCAACGGCCGCGUUCUCCUGCUGGUACCGUUGGCUGCUAUCGCAGCGGUCCUUUUCAACUAGCUAGGGAGGUGAGCAAAGCUCUUUUGUUGGAACCUCAGGUAAAUCCGUUGUCCUACCUGCUUCGCCCUCCUUUGCGAUUAACUGUGCAGGGGAGCUAUGUUCGUUCGGCUGAUCCUCCACAGUGAGGGCGGCGUAGUACUACUGGGUCCUUUGUGUUUAGCCAGGGAAACGAGUAGCUCCUUUACGUUUCCUUUCCGUUUGAGUACCCGAACCACGACGGACACUUUUCGACGGGAUUACUUGCCGUUGCACGGGCGCAUUUAACUUUUUGUCCAGUGGCGGGAAACUGUCCCGAAAAAAAACUAUUUACGGAAGUCUGUUCAACGCCGUGGUUCGACACUUUCUAUCGCAACUACGAUGGCCGUCUUCCACCUCAACCGAAAACAACCACAAACCGCCUAGUCGCAUAGCUGUCAUCGAUGAGCAGCAUAACCAGUGCACUCGUAUUUUUGCAAGAGGAGAGCGGUGACCUGCCUAAAUCCUAUGUUACUUAUUUACUAUUAUAUAACAACAUUGUCAACACCUAUCUACACGCACAUAACCGUUCCCAAACGCGAAAAUGAACAAAAAUGUACAACUUAUGUCGUUUUCGCUUGAGGCAGAAACUAACUCAGUUUCGGAACUAUAUGCUGUCAAACCGUUUGUUUGAAGCCAGUUUCGAACCUAGGUUAUGCUCCACUGAACUGAAAACCGAGUUGGGUUCCAACCUGAAAUAUAUUUCGGGUUCGCUCGCACUACCGCUGUUUUGCGAGAACCCAACUCAGUUCCAUUAAAAACGUUUGUUUGAAGCAACCAACCUGGGUUAGUGUCUAGGUUCUCAAUCGAAAACGACAUUAAUGUGAACAGUACCGAACAGCGGUGAGCAAAGUUUUAUGUAAACAAAUACACUCUACGGAGUGUAUAUCCAAAAUUAGGUAUAUUUCCGCCCAGUGCUAAAUUGUUACCCUGACGGGUUACACCUAUCUGGUUGUUGUGUAAAAGUUAUACUAAAUUUCAAAGUAGUAUGAUCAGUACAAAUAACAAAAAAGGUGUUAAUUGAUUACCGCAGUAUGACGACGAAAUUGCAGCAUUGUCAUUGUCACCUAGAACAUCCAGAGUGUAUGUGAGGAGAGCGAAGAUAACUGUCAUGAUUAUCUGUCAGUGUUAUUCCAAAUAACCACCGACCUCUCAUAAUACAUGGGUUUGACGGAUUUGACUCGUUUGAAACAACACUGACAAGUAAUUAUUGUUGCAUUUUUGUCAGUUGUCACACAUAUACUCAGAGAAGGUCGUGACAUUUUUUCCGUAACACUCAACGUCUGUCACCGUGGCCACACUACAAGAAAUAAAACCGUCCACAUUGUGCACCAAAACCAGAACCCGGUAACUACGGAAUAAGAACUCAAAACCCAGUCAUUUGCUCAAUAGUGAUUUGCUCGAAGCAAAUCACCAAAUUGAUGCGUUCAUGUAUUAACUAGAAUUAUAUGAAACAAAUGCAAGUAAACAAACAAAAAACACUGCACGAAACAGUGCGGAAUCAUAUUUAUUUUUGAUAACAUCUAACUUAAACGAAAAAUCAAACUACUCAGAAGAAGCGAAAUAAUACAUUCCAAAACGAAUGCGAAGAAUGGUAAAGUAAGCUAAAGCAGAUUUUAAAUACACGAAGAUAUAUUUUUCUAUACCAACCAAUCAAAGUUUCCCUAACUAAGACUUGAAGGUGAAUCCAGUACUGCACCACUAGCAUUCAUUAGCAAAACCUAGUACUACAUUUUAAUGGCUUCACUGCAUAGAGACUACUUAUAAGAAGAAAAAAAGUACUGACCUGGCUACUCACACCACUAUCAGAAUCAGCAGUCAUUGAAACAAAGUAAAAAAAAAACAAAGAAGCGAAAAUCACAAACGAUUCUCGUUCUCGCUGUGAUAAUCAAAAUUGGCAAAACAAAACCAAAAAUUUGGAUGAAAACAACCAACCUCUGGAUCUGAUGAAACUCUAGACAACUUGGUUCUGACUGUGCAUGACCGGUAUGUGUGCGUGUAUGUGUUUGCGCGUGCGUGUGUGUAGUCAUAAUACUAUUGCGACUACUUGUAGCGACAUCUACUAUUUAAAGACCAGUACUAAACUAUUGUUAUACGACAUCACAAAUCACAAGGAAGGAAGAAGACCCGCUUACCGCAAAAAUCAUCAUCAUUUAAUCCGAGUGUGAAAAUCAUCAUCCGCGAAGACAGCAUGCUGUCCCAUUAAUCAUCAACCAUUAAAAUAGGACGUAAUAAAUUAUUGGUACUGGAAGCUAUAGAGAGACAGAGAGAUACCGGGCCGGAACAGAGCGGCAGCGGUGUAGAUUCGCUUUUAGACCUUAAACCGGUGAGGUGCCCGCGAGUGAGGAAGGCUGCAAACUAUCCCCAAUUGCGGAGCACCCACCCACCCACACACACACACACAAGACAGAGUACUGCUGCUAAAACUAAAAACUAUUCAAUUUCAUUAUGUUAUAAAUAUGUGUAAAUACUAUGGAAAGUUAGACCGUGUGAGGGAAUUGUAGGAAGUGAACAAAUGUUUGAAAUAAUGAUAAUAGUAACUAUUAUUAUUACGAGUAUAAUUAUUAUGAUUUGAAAAAUACAAAAAACUGGAAACAUGUUAUAUAUUUCAAUUAAAUUAAACAA